UGGGCUGCACUGGGAGGGGGGAUCCGGUGGGAAGGAGGGGUCCUGAUUCCCGUUUCCCACCAGGCUCUCCCUGCACUGGGGGGGACCAUGGGGCUCCCUGCGACCCCGCUCGUGCUGCUGCUGCUGCUGCUGCGCCCCGUCACCCCCAUGUCCAUUAUGUCCACCUUGCCCACUGUGUCCACGGUGUCCCCCUGCUCGGCCUUGCUGCUGGACACUCCCGGAGACCUGGACCUGACCAACAGGAGCCGUGGAUGUGCCGAGCUGGACUGGAGCCCGUUCCAGCAUCGGCGCCGGCUGGUGCUGAGGCACAACGGCAUCGAGUCCCUGAGCCCCUCGGCCCGCCUGGGCCCCAGCACGGAGGAGCUGGACCUGGCACAGAACCGGCUGCGGGAGCUGCCCGAGGGAUUCUUCACCAACGCCACGGCCCUGCGGACCCUGCGGCUGGAGGGGAACCCCCUCCCCGCCGUGCCCCCCGCCGCCUUCCAGCCCACGCUCAGCUCCCUGUCCGUGUCCUGCCGCUGUGACCUGCUGGGCACCGUCCUGGCCCCCUGUGCCCGCUCGGGGAUCCUCUGCCUCUGCUUCACAUCCCAGCAGCAUCCCUUCAACGUCACGGAAUUCCACGGCCGCGAAUGCGGGUCCCGCGUGGGUCUGGUGGCCGGGCUGGCCGCGGUGGCUGCUGCGGUGGCCGUGCUGGUGGUCGUGGGCGCUGCCGUGGUUUGGAACCGGCGGAGGAGAGAGGGAGCCGCGGUGGCCGGAGGGGGAAGGGAGAAGCAAAAUCCCGCUGGGAACCUCCGGCAGCCCCGUUACAUCAGCCGGGACACCGGGACCGGCAGCGCCGAUGUCGUCAAUGCCCCCGACUACGAGAACAUCUUCGUGAGCCGCGGCACGGCCCCGGCUGCCGCGCAGGGAUGGGCACCGGGAUGGCAGGAGCAGCGCUACAGCUCGCAGGUCCUGGGAGAUGAGAAUUAUUUCCUGGAGAGCACGGCCGAUCCCGGGGACCAGCCCAUCUACGCCAACACCCUGGGCCCCACCGAGGACGUCUACAUCAUUCCUGACCAGUGAGGAGCUGGGGGGACGCUGGGAGGGCUGGGGGGACACUCUCU